AUGAUAAAAUUCAUCCUUGUCACUGUCGUUUUUUUUCUAUUCAUUAUCAAUAAAAAUUGCGCUCUUGAUGCUGAUAAUUAUACAAGUUAUAUUGAGGAACUUAGUCAAGAUGAAAAGUUUCUUGAAGAAUAUGCUGCAUGGUCAUUCAAACUUUUUUCUCAACCAGAUUAUCUUUAUGGUAAACCACAUGAAGUUUUUCCGUGUCCAAUUAUAAAAGAUCCUACUGUUCCAACAUCAGUACAUAAACUUCGACCAAGUGAUAUUAAAUGUAUUGGUGCUAUAGGUGAUAGUUUAACAGCUGGUUUAGGUGCUCACGCACUUACUCCAGUUGGUUUAGUCCUCGAAUAUCGAGGUGUAUCUUGGUCGAUAGGUGGAGAUUAUACAUAUUCAAAAGUUCUUUCAUUACCCAAUAUUUUACGACAAUACAAUCCAGAACUUAAGGGUUUCUCUACAAAAGUAUCAGUUAUAUUUCUUAAUGGUCAAGACGCUAAAAAUAAUCACCUCAAUGUUGCUAAAUCAGGUGAUCAUUCAUUUCAUAUGCCUGAUCAAGCUAGAUUACUUAUGAAUCGAAUGAAAGAAGAAAAAUUGUGCGAUUGGGAUAAUGAUUGGAAAGUUAUUACAAUUUUUGUUGGCGGUAAUGAUUUAUGUACCUUUUGUGAAGAUUCAGAUAUAAAACAACAUACACCAGAACAAUAUUUACGUUAUAUACGUGAUACAAUUGAUACAUUAUAUAAUGCACCAUUACCACGUACAUUUGUUAAUCUUGUUCUUGUACUUGAUGUUCGUGGUAUAAAAGAUCUUAAUAGUGGUGGUUUUGUUUGUCAAACACUUCAUAAACGAACAUGUCCAUGUGCUGCUUUUCCAACGCCAAACCAAACUAAAAUUUUAGAUGAUUAUAUACCACAAUAUCAUCAAGUACUUGUGGAAUUAGUUAAUUCAGGUCGUUAUGAUAAUCGUUCUGAUUUUACUGUUGUUAUUCAACCAUUUAUGGCAAAAACUAAAUUACCAUUAAAACUUAAUAAUGAAAUUGAUUUUAGUUAUUUUGCACCAGAUUGUUUCCAUUUUAGCGGCAAAGGUCAUGCACAAGCUGCACUUGCACUUUGGAAUAAUAUGCUUGAACCUGUUGGUGGUAAAAAAUGGUAUUGGCAUAUAAAUGAAACAUUAAAUUGUCCUACAGAAAAAUAUCCAUAUAUAUUUACUAAUAACAAUUCAGCUGAAGCAUUAAAAGAAUAUCAUCAACGUUCAACAAUGCUUCAAACAGCACAUCAUACUUCAUUCAUGAGUUCGACACCAGAUGAUAAUACAACUAAACAUCAUAAACAUCAUAAAUCACAUUCUGAUUCAUCAUUUAGCAAGAUGCAAUUAGUUGUUUUUGCGAGUUUCUUUCUUUUAAUUAUAUUACUUUUAAUUUUGACUAUUAGUAAACGACAACAAAUUCGUGUUUUUAUUCAUGGAGCUGGACGACGACAUAUAAAUGGUUUUAGUGAUCCAAUAUAUCCAGAUGACCAUGAUGACGUUGAAAUAUGGAAUCGAUUAAAUUUAAAAUCAAAUUGUUCUAUUAAUAAUGAUAUUCCAAAAACACAUGGUACACGUAUUUCUUUUGAAUAA